AUGACCACCCUCGCCACCUCGCUAGCCUCAGGCCUCAUCUUCGGGUCCGCCCUGACGCUCUCCAGCGUCGCCUCUCCACGCACAAUCAAAGACCAAUUCCGACUCGCGGACUUCCACAUGCUGCUUACAUUCCUGACUGCGUCGGCGUCCAGCGCGAUAGUCAUUGCACUGCACAAUUCCAGACAACACGCCACCAAUAACAAGAAACUGUCUGUGAAACCGGGCAGCACGUUUGGCUGGUUCGGGAGAUAUGACGGGAACGUGAUUGGAGGAGCCCUGCUGGGUGUCGGCAUGGCGCUCACGGGCGCGUGUCCCGGGACGAUGCUCGUGCAGGCCGCGGCAGAGGUGGGCCGGAGCAGGCUGUUGAUCUUCGGCGGGUUGGUCGCUGGGAUCGCGUUCGUCAAGUGGAAGGAGGGGCGGAUAUCCCAGUCAACGACGACGCCGCCGAGUGGCAAGAACAGUAGCACGCUGAUGGAGGCUACGGGGUGGUCGACGAAAGCGACGGUAUUGACAUACGAGGUUGCAAUGCUGGCCAUCAUUGCCCUGGUCACCCUGUACACGCCGCGCGGCCACCACUACUUGCUCCAUCCCGUCACGGGCGGGCUGCUGAUCGGCCUGGGCCAAGCAUCCUCGGUGGCGCUGACGAAGAAGCCAGUCGGCGUGAGCUCUGCGUAUGAAGAUUUCGGCAAACUGUUCUGGUGGUUGGCGGAGGGCAAAGCGACGCCCGGCCUGGAGAGCAUCGUCUUCGUGGCGGGAUUGGUCGCCGGCGCACGACUGACGAUGCACCUUGUGCCCGCGACACUCGAAGCGCUGGCCGUCUCCUCGGCUGGAGAUGUUUCCCUCCUCUCUGCCCUCGUGGGCGGCUUUGCCGUGAUAUUCGGGGCCAGGCUAGCCGGCGGAUGCACGAGCGGGCACGGGAUCAGCGGCAUGUCUGCGAUGGGGCUGAGUUCUUUUGUUACAGUGGCUUCGAUGUUUGGGAGCGCCAUUGCUACCGCCCUUCUAGUCUACUAG